CGAGGCGCUUCAUCUGUGCAUAAAAGCGCAUGUACCGGCUUUUCUGCGUCAUUCAAUCUGGAUUUUCGUGAUAGAGUGUUCGUCUUUGAUUUAGGAAGUUACAUAUAAUUAUUCAAGAUGCCUGAAGAUACACAAAACGCUGGUGAUGUCGAGACAUUCGCCUUCCAAGCUGAAAUUGCUCAGCUUAUGUCUUUAAUUAUUAAUACAUUCUACUCUAACAAAGAAAUCUUCUUGCGAGAAUUGAUCUCAAAUUCAUCAGAUGCUUUGGAUAAAAUCCGCUAUGAAUCCCUUACUGAUGCAUCUCGCUUGGACAGCGGCAAAGAUCUCCACAUCAAGAUCAUUCCUAAUAAAAGUGAGGGCACGCUCACCAUUAUUGACACAGGCAUUGGCAUGACGAAAGCUGAUCUUGUGAACAAUUUGGGUACAAUUGCGAAGUCUGGAACUAAAGCCUUCAUGGAAGCCUUACAAGCUGGAGCCGAUAUUAGUAUGAUUGGUCAAUUUGGUGUUGGUUUCUACUCGGCCUAUCUCGUUGCUGAUAAAGUCACGGUCACAUCUAAGCACAAUGAUGAUGAACAAUACCUUUGGGAAUCUUCCGCAGGAGGUUCCUUCACAGUUAAGACUGACAACUCUGAACCCCUCGGCCGUGGUACAAAGAUUGUAUUACACAUCAAAGAGGAUCAAACCGAAUUCUUAGAAGAAAACAAAAUCAAAGAGAUCGUCAAGAAACAUUCACAAUUCAUUGGCUAUCCAAUUAAAUUAUUGGUAGAGAAGGAACGUGAAAAGGAGCUCAGUGAUGAUGAAGCUGAAGAAGAAAAGAAAGAAGGCGAGGAGGAUGAUCAAAAACCAAAAAUUGAAGAUGUAGGAGAGGAUGAAGAAGCCGAUAAAGAAAAGAAAGAAAAGAAAAAGAAGACUAUUAAGGAAAAAUACACUGAAGAUGAGGAACUCAACAAAACCAAGCCCAUCUGGACCAGAAAUGCCGAUGAUAUAAGCCAAGAAGAAUACGGUGAAUUUUAUAAGUCACUUACUAAUGACUGGGAAGAUCAUCUUGCCGUCAAACAUUUCUCAGUUGAGGGUCAACUCGAAUUCAGAGCUCUUCUCUUCGUUCCAAGACGUAUGCCUUUUGAUCUCUUUGAAAACAAGAAGCGCAAGAACAAUAUCAAGUUGUAUGUCCGCAGGGUGUUCAUUAUGGAUAACUGUGAAGAUCUCAUUCCAGAAUACCUCAACUUCAUGAAGGGUGUUGUUGACAGCGAAGAUUUGCCAUUGAACAUUUCUCGUGAGAUGCUACAACAAAAUAAAAUCUUGAAAGUUAUCCGCAAGAAUCUAGUCAAGAAAUGCUUAGAUCUGUUUGAUGAAUUGUCUGAAGAUAAAGAUGGCUACAAGAAAUUCUAUGAACAAUUCAGCAAGAACUUGAAACUUGGUAUUCAUGAAGACAGUCAAAAUCGUGGUCGUUUAUCCGAACUUCUCCGCUACCACACUUCAUCUUCAGGAGACGAAGCUUGCUCUCUCAAGGAUUAUGUUGGUCGUAUGAAAGAAAACCAGAAGCACAUCUACUUCAUCACUGGUGAGAACAAAGAGCAAGUUUCAAACUCAUCCUUUGUAGAACGUGUCAAGAAGCGUGGAUUCGAAGUAAUCUACAUGACAGAACCAAUUGAUGAGUAUGUUAUGCAGCAAAUGAAGGAUUACAUGGGCAAAACUUUAGUUUCUGUCACAAAGGAAGGUUUGGAGUUGCCUGAAGAUGAAGAUGAAAAGAAGAAGCGUGAAGAGGAUAAGACUAAAUUCGAAAGCCUUUGCAAGGUUAUGAAGAAUAUCUUGGAUAACAAAGUAGAGAAAGUAGUUGUGAGCAACCGAUUGGUAGAUUCACCCUGUUGUAUUGUAACAUCACAAUAUGGCUGGACAGCCAACAUGGAAAGAAUCAUGAAGGCCCAAGCUCUUCGCGAUUCCUCAACCAUGGGUUACAUGGCUGCCAAGAAACACUUAGAAAUUAACCCCGAUCAUUCUGUGAUUGAUACUUUAAGACAAAAGGCCGAUGCUGAUCCAAAGGAUAAGGCCGUUAAAGAUUUAGUUAUCUUACUUUUCGAGACAGCUUUGCUGUCAUCUGGUUUUACUUUAGAUGAACCCCAAGUUCACGCUUCAAGAAUUUACCGCAUGAUCAAACUUGGUUUAGGUAUUGAUGAAGAAGAGCCAAUGCUCGCUGAAGAUGAACCUGCCAGCGGUGACUUGCCUCCACUUGUUGGUGAUGCAGAAGAUGCGUCAAGGAUGGAAGAAGUUGAUUAG